GAUUAGAUAUAACAGAUACCAGAUAUUGCGCCACAAAAACACAUUCCUUUUUCUCCUCCACGUACAACAAAUAUUGUGAAACAAAAGUCAUAAAAGUACUUUCAAAAUCGAAAAAUCAAAAUGUUUCCAACGGGCGAAAAUGACCCGUCCGUUGAAGAUAUUAGUAUGCCAGUUUUUUCAGAAGGGUCAUCCCCCGUUGUUUCCGAACCCCCUUCAUUAACCCGGGAGCAAGAACGAUUGAACCAGGGAACAAGACGGCCAAUUCCAGUCUCCACCAUAGACUGGCAAACCUCGAUGACCUCACACUUUUCACCUCUGCACGGCUUAGAUUUUUUGAAAGAUGUGCAUCAAAUAAUAAUACAACAAACUGUUGAACUAACAGACUUGAUGGCAAGUCUUGAAUCGGAAAACCGUUACACAGUUAAAGUGCCAAGAGGCGAAACGAUUUAUUAUGCGACUGAAAGCUCAACAUCAUUUCAACGAACUUGUUUUGGAUCAAGUCGAGCUUUCACAAUGAGACUUUACGACCCGACACAACAAGAAGCUAUACAAUUUAGACGGCGGCUAGCUUGUGGUUCCUGCUGCUCUGUUUUCUUCUACUUACAAGAUCUUGAAGUUUGGAUUCCUCCUGGAGAGUAUUUGGGGAAAAUAACGCAAAAAUUUAAUGCAACUAAACCGUGCUUUGUACUUUACAAUAAACAAAUGGAUAUUAUUUAUAGGAUUGAAGGACCAGAGUCUGCUUUUGGGUGCAUGUGGAGCAAAAACCACAAUUUUCAGAUAUUUACCAGCGACGGAUUGACUCAAAUUGGAAGUAUAAUUCAUCAGUGGGAUCAAGUUCAAGUCGCUUACAAUUUGUACAUGCAAAUGCCAGGGCAAGAAAAUAACACGAGACAUAAAGCACUUCUUCUUGGAGCCGCCUUUCUUCUAGAGUAUAUGUAUUUCGAAAGUGCCAAAAAACGAAAAGGCUGUAAAUGUAUCUGUUAAGAAAAACUCAAUCGUCUAUUGAAGUUUGAUAAAAAUAAUUGUUCCUAGAAAUAGUUUUGGUGAAUAUCUAUCUACUGUAUUAACCAAUAAUAUGUUAUUGUAUCUAUUUACUCAUUUUUAUGUACGUAUAUUUAGUGUUAAUAAAGUGUAUUUUUAAAUCUUUGAUGAAAGAAAAGGCAGCGUUUUUAAUAUGUAUUUAUUGAAAUUGCUUGUAGAACCACAGCUACAAAUAAACUUUAAAAACUAUUACAAAAAGUCGCGUUAAAAUAAUUUAAAGAUGUACACAAUAGACAACAAAAAAUGUACACAAAAUGUAUGUAAAAUAUUUCCAACUAUAAAAUUACAGUUUGCUGCUUACAUCCAAAUAAAUAACAAAA